UUUAGUAAGCUAAGUAGUAGUUAAAUUAGCCGCUGAGUUAAGGGUGGCGGUGGCUGCCAUAGCAACCGCUACUGAAACACUAGGCUAGUUGUUUGUUGUUAGCUUCUGUGUUAGCCUUUAACAUGACGUCGAACAGACUUCAGUUUCUAAUUUCGCGAUAGUCAGUCAGUCGGUGUCAGUCGACAAUGUUGUCUCUUGUUGCGUUUGUUUAUAUUUCUCCGUUUUAACCUCGCUCGUCGAUGUUUAACAAGCUGUCUAUGAUGUCAGACUGUGUGGUUGUGGAGUUGAGUUUAGCUAACUUGGUAAUUUCCACGACAUCCAGUGAGCUAACGCUAGCCACCGAGGCCGUUAACUUCAGUUUCAGAAUCCUUGAACUAGUAUGGAUGUAGAUGACUGUAAUGGCCGAUCCUACAUAUCAGGCAGUGGAGACUCCUCAUUGGAAAGAGAGUUUUCUGGGGCCUUUGGAGGCGCAACAGUGAGCACCCCAAACAGCAAGGAGAACUCUCCAAGUCGUUCCCUCAGUGCCAACUGUAUUAAAGUGGAGCUGUACAGCGAUGAAGACUUAGGUCGUGGUCAAGAGGAUGAAAAGACGGAGCGGGCAGAGGAAGGAGGUCCAGGGCAGGAAUCAGAGUCUGGAGGAGGCUACAGGGAGCUCACUAAUCCUGAAGUCAUGCCAGCUGGAGCCACCAGACUACCAAAUGGAAAGCUCAAGUGUGACAUCUGUGGAAUGAUCUGCAUCGGUCCUAAUGUUCUUAUGGUGCACAAACGCAGCCACACAGGUGACUCUUUGGUUACCUUCAGAUAAAUAAUUUCACUAAAAAGAUGUCUUAAAUUUUUAUUUGUAAAUAACUUGAAUUGGAAUUAGAAAAUGUGCACAAAUUUUAAACUCUUUCUAAGCCGGUGAAC